AAUGGAAACGAACACGACUUUGACAAAUGAAUCGGUAUUUGAAAGAUAUUCUGUUAGCGAAUUUUCUGAAAUCUUUAUACCAAAUGCUGUUAAAGUUGACAGAAUCGUAUCUCCCAUAUGGUAUUCUAUAGGAAUUAUCGGUAAUUUAUUGUCUACAUAUGUUUGGCUCCAGAAGAGAAUGAGAAAAAAAAACAGUUCAGCUGUUUAUUUGAUAACCUUGGCUAUUUCCGAUUUGACUUUCCUACCAUUGCAUCUACUUAUGGAGUUAAAACAUGCCUGGGGCUAUCCAACUAUAGAUUAUCCGAUUUUUUGCGAACUUUUUAACUUUAUUUACCUUGUUCCACAAUGCCUAAGCCCUCUACUCGUCCUCGGUUUUACAGUCGAGAGAUGGAUUGCGAUUUGUCGCCCAUUUAAAAAACAACAAUACUGCAAUACGGGAAGAGCUAUAAAGGUCGUUAUUGGUUCAAUUGUAGGCGCUUCACUAAUUUGCUCAAUGCAAGCGUAUCUAUGGCAAUAUAAAAAUGGACUAUGUGAAGCUAGACAAGAGACUUCACAGGGUUCCUUAUCAUUGUUCACCAUUUGGACAUCUAUAACUGAAACAAUAAUAUUUGGCCUUGUUCCUAUCGUUAUACUCAUCUUCAACCUUCUCGUCGUUAGAGAAAUUCGCCUUUUAGCCAGCAAUCAGAUAAUGGGCGGUAGCAAUCAUUCGACAGCCACUACUCUCAUGCUCCUCUCCGUCAGUUUCUACGUAAUAGCUACCACUUUACCCGUCUCCAUUCUAUAUAUUUUAGGUUCUGUAAUAGAAGGAGGAGACAUUCAUCUUUCUGAUCAACAAAUUCGUUCUGAUCCAAUGUGGCAAUCGUAUUUUAAAUUUCUAAUGGUGAAGAAAGUCGUUGAUGAAGUCUGUAUGUCGCAUUACGCUUGUAAUAUUUUUAUCUACCUUAUAACCGGGGCCAAAUUUCGUCAAAUACUGCUGAAAAGAUUCAAUAUCAAAGAUCGCUCUGAUACUUAUUUCCAAGUUUCUCAGAAAAUUAGUGCAACAACAGCUAUUUAA